UUCAUCCAUCGGAUGCCAUGGCUUCCUUCUCCUUCUCCAAGCAUCGGCUCCUUCUGCUUUCGAGCGUCAAGCUUUCGAGCUUUCGAGGAGGAGGACUCACGCGCAUCGGAUUGUUGUCGGAGCCAUGGCGAAACCCGGUUCGGCAUUUAAUGCUACGAGGGAUGUCGAGACGAGCUCCGGUUUGAAUCCAGGGCUCAUCGUCCUCAUUGUGGUGUUAGGAUCUUUGGUUGUUUUUCUCGUGGGCAACUUCUUCUUAUAUCAAUAUGCCCAGAAAAAUCUUCCAGCCAAGAAAAAGAAGCCAGUGUCGAAGAAGAAACUGAAGAAGGAGAAACUGAAAGCAGGAGUACGUCCUCCCGGGGACUAAGUGUCAAUGAGUAGGUUUGCGAUAUACUUCCAAGAUAUUGAUAUCUUGCAAGGUAUCGCUACUGAUUGGUCUUUUGGUAUUGUACAUUGGUGGAGUCACGAUUUGCAGUAAGCAUUGGCUGAUUGGAUGCCUGUAGGUGCGAAGCAUAGGUUGGUUGUAGGUGCUCUGCGUUUAGUUCCUACUGAAGGCGUUGUCUGACCCGGAGAAUGGGAGGGUGUAAAUUUAGUUUCCUUUCAUUUUGCAAUGGAGAUGAUGUCCACUCUGCUUUCUUGCUUA